AUGGAGAUCCCAAGGGGGAAGCCGUGGUCGCCCCAGACCCCCCCCCCUGACCUCACCUUCAUCCACGCCCACGUCGUCGAUGUCGAGACCAGCUCCGUCAUCCGGGACGCCACCGUCCGCGUCCGAGAGGGCCGCAUCGUCAGCGUGACCCCCCAUGGGACGACCGCGUCCCUGGCGCCCGGAUCGCAGCUGGUCGACCUGGCGCAGCGGCACUACCUCUGCCCCGGCCUCAUCGACUGCCACGUGCACCUCACCGCGACCCCCGGCGGCGUCUCGCUGCGUGAGCUCUUCGCCGCCAGCCCCAACGCCCUCGCCUACCGCACCGCCUACGUGGCCCGCGAGAUGCUCCUGCGCGGGUUUACCACCGUGCGCGAUACCGGGGGCGCCGAUGCCGCGCUGCGGGAGGCCAUCGCCGACGGCUUGCUCCCGGGUCCGCGCCUGUUCAUCGCAGGCCACGCCCUCUCGCAGACCGGGGGCCACGGCGACUUCCGAGCCAGCUACCAGGGGGAGGCGUUCAAGUGCUGCGGGGGCCAGCAUGCGUCGCUGGCCCGCGUCUGCGACGGGGUGCCCGCCUGCCUGGCCGCCGUCCGGGACGAGCUGCGCCAGGGGGCCGACUUCAUCAAGAUCAUGUGCGGUGGCGGCGUGGCCACGCCCACCGACGCCCUGGACAUGCUGCAGUUCACCCCGGAGGAGAUCCGUGCCAUCACGACCACCGCCGCCUACUCGGGCAAGUACGUCACGGCCCAUGCCUACACCGUCGAGGCCAUCCGCCAUGCCGUCGACAACGGGGUGCGCGGCAUCGAGCACGGCAACUUCAUCGACCGCGAGACGGCCGAAUACUGCCAGGCCAGGGGCGUCGUGUUCACCCCCACCCUGGUCACCUACCACGGCAUGACGCAGCCCGCCUUCGCGGGCUUCCUCGACGAGUUCAGCCAGCGCAAGAACCAGGAGGUCCUCCGGGGCGGCCUCCGGGCCUUGACGGUCCUCCGGGACGCCGGCGCCCUCAUCUGCUACGGCUCCGACCUGCUCGCGGGGAUGCAUCCCCUGCAGAACCAGGAAUUCUCCAUCCGCGCCGCCGCCCUGAGUGCCGGGGAGAUCCUGCAGUCCGCCACGGUGAAUGCCGCCCGGUCCCUCGGCAUGGCGGGGCAGCUGGGGAGUCUCCGGGAGGGCAGCAUCGCCGACCUGCUCAUCCUGAACGCGAACCCGUUGGAGGACAUCGGGGUGCUGGACCGGAUCCAGCAGAGCCUGGUGGGCCUGCUGAAGGCCGGGCGCGUGGUCACAGUCCAGGCGGAUGGGGUGGAUGGGCUGUCUGUAGACCCCAUAUAUGACCCGUGUCGUGCGCGGGGGUAGUGGAUACCGAGUAACCUCCUCGAGCGAGAGGAA